AUGUUUUCACGGGCAGUGAGACCUACCAUCAGCCUUGUGCGUGGGCUGUCGACCACAUCGCAGAACAACGCUAAAGUAGCCGUGCUGGGGGCGUCCGGCGGCAUAGGCCAGCCGCUGUCUCUACUCCUGAAGAACAGCCCUCUGGUGAGCCAGCUCUCCCUCUAUGACAUCGCACACACCCCCGGUGUGGCCGCGGACCUCAGCCACAUCGAGACAAGAGCCCAUGUCACCGGACACAUCGGACCAGACCAGCUCGGCGCUGCACUGCAGGGCUGUGAUGUGGUGGUCAUUCCUGCUGGUGUACCCCGUAAGCCCGGCAUGACUCGAGACGAUCUGUUCAACACCAAUGCUACAAUUGUGGCCACUUUGGCUGACGCCUGUGCCCGCAAUUGUCCUGAAGCCAUGAUCUGCGUUAUCGCCAACCCCGUGAACUCCACCAUACCAAUUACGUCAGAGGUCAUGAAGAAGCACGGUGUAUACAACCCCAACAGAGUGUUUGGCGUCACAACCUUGGACAUUGUCAGAGCAAACGCUUUUGUGGCAGAGCUUAAGGGCCUAGACCCAGCUCGUGUCAACGUCCCAGUCAUCGGAGGUCACGCUGGUAAGACCAUCAUCCCCCUCAUCUCUCAGUGCACACCAAAGGUAGAGUUUCCCGCUGACCAGCUGAGUGCCCUCACCGGGAGAAUCCAGGAGGCUGGUACAGAAGUGGUGAAGGCCAAGGCUGGAGCCGGAUCUGCUACACUGUCGAUGGCUUAUGCUGGUGCCCGUUUCACCUUCUCCCUCUUGGACGCCAUGAAUGGAAAGGAAGGUGUGGUGGAGUGUGCUUUCGUCCGGUCUGAGGAGACAGAGUGCAAAUAUUUCUCAACUCCUCUCCUCCUGGGCAAGAGUGGCAUCGAGAAGAACCUCGGUAUGGGCAAACUGACUGCCUUUGAGGAGCAGCUUGUGGCAGAUGCUAUUGGCGAGCUCAAAGGAUCCAUCAAGAAAGGAGAGGACUUUGUGGCUAACAUGAAGUGA